UAAAUUCGCAUGAACGCAAGAUGGCUGCCAAUUUAUGUGAACGCAAGAACGAGUAGAAAAGUAAUAUGCGUUUGUUGGAUUCAAUGCCGUUUGUUUUGUGAUAAUAACGUUACGAAUUUUACAUUAUUUUUGUGUUUGUGUUUUCGUGCAAUCUGUUAUGAGUUAUCGAUGGUAUUAAAGUCGUAUGUGCAAUAUUUCGUUGAAAGGUAUAAAAAAUGUUCAGUGUUGAAUUGUGAUUAUUAUUUAAGCAGUGAGGAUCCCCUUUGGGUUGUAAUGAUGCCUGUUGUUGGAUGAUACCGGUGAUUACACUUUCGCGGCAAUGGAAAAGGCGAAGGCGUACAUAAAAAGCUCGCUUAUUGCGGGCGGAGGCGGCGGCGGCGCGGGCGCGGGCGCCGUGGCCGCGGGCAAGUCCCCCGCCUCGCCCGCUCGCCGCGACCCGCCCGCGGAAGAACGCGUGUGCUUCGUCUGUGGUGUGGCUGGCUUCAGCGACCAGUACUCCAUCAGGGUGAAGCCUGAUCCGCAGAACUCCGAACCGUACUUCCCUUUUCUGGGAGCUUCCCAUGCCGCCCCCGCUGGAUACCGAACUGAGGGUGACGAAGAAGGGACGGUGCGCUGCUGCUAUGUGUGCUACACCCUCCUCCGCCAGCAGUGGGAGCAGUAUGACAGGGAGAAUAAGCCUCAUAGUCAACGGUUCUAUUGGAUGAAAAGGCUCGAUGGAAAACCCUUUAUUGGUGCAGACAUGUCGUUUCAAGGUGAAUACGCGGCGCAGGUGCUAGGGCUGGGCGCUGAGGCUAACGCGACCAGAGACGAGCCGUCCAACGCGUCCGUAGCCACGCCGCGCCCCGCCUCCCGCGCUCUGCCCGACCCACCCACCAGAACUGCCUCGCCGAAGAAGGAUACCAACCACACUGCCAAAUUUAAUAAUCAGCGGUAUCCAGGCGGCGGGGUGGUCGGGACGGGUGGCGAGGAGGAGGGGGUGUUGGAUCUCCGAGCGCGUGACCCUUCCGUCAUCUCCGUGGGAUCGCAACAUUCGGGCACUUCAGAGCCUGCUGGGUACUUGGACGCCGUGAGGUCAACGGUGUCCGUGUACUCGGGCAACUCGACUUCAAGCUCGGAGCGCGACAUCCUCGACCUGUCGAUGCCGGACAAGAACUGCAUGACGGAGGUGUGCUACGUGUGCGGCGACGAGUACAAGCGCGGCACGCUCUACAACCUGCACACCAAGGAGCCUAAGGACAAGACUGUCUCGAAUAAGCAGCCGUACUUCCCCAUCUUUGGCGAACAACACCCCCGGCCGCCGCGCUCGCGGCCCAAGGACGCGCAGGGCACCGUGCGCGCCUGCGCCGCGUGCCAUCAGCAUCUAGUGCAGCAGUGGAAUGCUUACCAGAUGCGCGGCGUGCCCGCACACGAGCGGGUGUACACACUACGCACGCGGCCGCCCUCGUUACUGCCCCCGUCCCCCCUCAGCCUCGCGUCUUCCGGCGACAAAUCCAUCGCCACCCACGCCCACUCGCCCUCCUUAGACCGUCCCCCGUCCCAGACCACGGCGUUCGUUUGCUACGUAUGUGGAGUCUCAGCACCUAGUUCGCUGUUGCGGCUGGUCUACUGCUGCUCCAAUCCGGAGAGGGAGCCCUUCUACCCGUUCAUAACGACGCUGAAGGCGCACCCCGACGCGAGUCCAAUUAGUCCACAAGGCAUGGUGCAGAUUUGUGCGUCGUGUAAUAAAAGUAUCUCGCUCAAGUACCCCGCGUACGGCGACAGCGGGGACGCCAACGCAGCUACCAAUAACUCGCAUACCAACAAUAUUAGGUUUAAGCCGUAUGAAUUGAAGCCGGGACAAACAGUGAGCAAUAAGCGGCCAUCGAGCGCACUAGCACCGAGUCCGCACAGUCAAAUCAUCGCUGAAAAUGGGAUGGGACGGUACCGGUGCUAUGUCUGUGCGGGCCUAUACCCCCAACAGUCGAUGGAGUGGCUAUCGACGACGGCGGAGUACAUGAACUCGCACGCGAUGCACUUUCCCUGCCUGGCGGGCGCAGGCGCGGGCGCGGGCGAGGGCGCGGCGCGAGGCGGCCGCGUGCUGGCCUGUACGCGCUGCGUGCGGCACAUGGCGCGCCAGUGGGAGCUCAUGGACGCCGAGAGAGUGCCGCUAGAACAUAGAAGAUAUAACAUCCCCUCGCCAAUGCCGUCGAACUCGUCGUUGAACGGCGAUCGAGUCAUACCAACCCCACCCUCCACAACCUCCGAUAGAACUGUAGCUAGUCAUAAUGCAUGCACGUCAAUCUACUGUUACCUGUGCGGCUUACACUCUGACCUGACGUUAGCGCGGGUGCUGUUCGGGCAGCCACAAGGCAACGCUCCAUACUUCCCCUGCUUGCUCACGCAUCAGCAGCAUUCGAACGCAGAGCAGCUGAAGGAGAACGGUUCGGCUCUAGUCUGUACAUUCUGUUACCAUUCGCUGCUGAAUCAGUGGAGAAGGUACGAAGCCCUGGGCGGGUGUCCGGCGGAGCGGCGCGUGUAUAACACGCACGACUACCACUGCUACCUGUGCGGGAUCAAGACCUACAGGAAGCGAGUGCGUGCACUGCCCAUCAAGGAGUUCCCCUUCCUCAUGCAUCGGCGGACAGAGAACUCGCUGCUGCUGGAGAAUGGAGACUACGCCGUUGUGUGCCUCGACUGCUACGAGAGCCUAAGGACUCAAGCAGCAGACUACGAGCGGCGCGGAGUGCCGGUGGAGAAGCGCGAGUACAACUGGCUGCAACAGCCGCCGCCGCCUGAGGACAGCGCCGACGUCACCAUCGCGAGGCUGCCCUCCGGUGACCGCUCUGACAAACUUAUCCCGCAGUCACUGGUGGUGUCGCGAGGCAAGCGGCACAGCCCCAAACAACCCACGGUAGAGAGACGUGCGACAAUCAAGAUCGAGAAGCCCGACACAGGUGUGAGCGCCAAUAAAAUCGCCAAGCGAACGGAUCUGGCGCCCAACAAGGGCGGCCCGUUCGCGGCGGCUCUACGAACGCUCGCCAAGAACGCCGGCCCCGACGUCAAAGACGGAGCGGCGCCCCCCAGCGCGGAGCGAGAGGGCAACAAGGACAAGCCGCCGCCCGCGCCGCCCAAGCGCGCCUCGCCGCACCACCUGCCCGCCAGCGGCUUCCAGCCUUACCGACCUGAUGAUCGGUUAACGCAUCCGGCAGCUGCCUCGUUCCCCUUGCUGGAGCCGGCCGCCUACUCGCCCUACGCGCAUCCCUCCAUCUACUCCAGUGCUGCGUUGCAAUACAGGCUCGCGGCGGAGGAGCAGAUGUACCUGGAGCGCGUGUUCCGCGGCGGCGUCGGCAUGGGCGUGAGCUGGCUGCCGCCCUACGCGCUGUACCCGCCGCUGGCACCGCCGCUGCCGCUCGUGCCGCAUCCACACGCGCACGCCCACCACGCGCACGCGCCGCACCACGCCGCGCACGCCGCGCAUCCGCACCCCGCGCACGCCGCGCACGACGAUCGAGAGAAGGAGAUCGCGCUGCAGAGGGAGAGGGAAAGAGAACGAGAAAGAGAAUUAAGGUGUGCAAUUCUUUCUCGAGCUGCGUUCAAACAUUGUAUUAGAGAUCGGGAACAACGGGAGAAGGAGCAGCGCGAGCGUGCCGCGCGGGAGAAAGAGUCGCGCGCGCGCGACGCUCUGGCGGCCGCCGCGCUGCACGCGCCGCACGCGCUGCCCUACGCGCUGCCGCGCAGCGUGCCGCCGCUGCUGUAUCGCCCCUACCGCCCCUACGCCUACGACGACGAGGAGGAGCGUGGUGAGCCCGCGCCCGCGCCGCACCCUGCGCCACACGCGCCACCCGCCGCGCCCGCGCCCGAGCCCGCGCCCGCGCCGCGCACGCCGCAACCCGCGCCCGUCUGAUGAAGCCCCAGCCGACUGCAGUGACCGGCUAAUUGAGCAAAAAGCGGCUUCAUGGAGAAAAAGUAGUGAAUGCGGGAAGCAAGGGCCGACUUGCUCUUGAAUGAACCAAUCGCGUACACCCGUGAUGACUGAUUAACCAAUCAAGUGCUAUUCGCAACCAAUCGUGACAAUGUUCAAGGUGUUGCUGAUUACUAUGCCAGUAGAUUAUAAUGUCAUAUAAUAGAUAUAAUGAAAUAGGUGCAAUGUAGAGCGAUGAUAUCCGGAAAGUAGCUGGCAUUGAACGAUCAGUGUGAUCGCCUUCAGACAAAAAAAUAACAUAUUGCUACAACCUUUUUCAUUUGAUUAACUAUAAAAUUCAUUGUCAGUUCAACCGUUCAGUUCUCAGUUUUGCCUACACAUGUUAUAAAGAUUUAAAUGAACUCUUCAACUUUCAGUUAAAACUGUCAGUUAUUUGUAACUGCGCAUGUGUAGCCGGCUUAAGUAAUAUUAUACUUCCCGGUUUUAUUUUCACAUUCCUGAGAAUAGCCGAUUAGUUGGGCAUCCAUUCAAUGGCAGUCAUUUUCCGGAUGUCAUUGCCUCAUGUUGCACCUAUUUUAUUUUACCUACUAUAUAAAACUCUACUGAUAUAGCGUUGUUACUCGCGCAUUAAAUCUGAUUAGCCAUAAACAGAUAACCAAAAAAAAAUCGAGCCACCUUGCAAACGUUCAUAUUUUACCAAGCACCUGAAAAAAUCCCUUGAGCACUCCGGGCUAUACGUGACGUGAUUAGGCGCCGCCAUAGCGUACAAACUACAAGGCUUUCAAAUUACACUACCUGCUUAUCGAUCUGUUGCAGCUUUCAUAAUUUUUAGGAAGUAUGUAUUUAGAAAGCCACAAACGGUCGUUUGAUUUAAAAUUAUAUGGCCGCGAGUAAAAUUACUGGUUUUUAAAAUUUGUUCCUUAAUGCAAAUUAAUAAGGUUCAAUUUUUAAUGAAAGUGUCUUGUUUGCUCGUGGUCAUUUAAUUACAAGAAAUAUCCUGCUGUAGUUAUUAGCUUUAAUUGACUAACUGACUGCUUUUGAAAUGGGCUAUAUCAGAAGACUCACUCCGUGGCUCCUUCAUUCAGCUCUUCUUCUCUACCUUCGUUUCAUUCGGGUCCUUCGCGAACAUCUGACUUCGCACUAAAGCACAUCUGCCAACAUAAAGAUAAAAUUGACGUAAACGUAAUAAUUUUUCACAUGAUAUUUUUUAUUAUUGCCGGACAUUGUUUCCUCACCCAUACUGUGGAAAAAGACUCAUUAUUUUUGUAUUUUCCAUUAACGCCUAAGUUGCAAUAAAAUUGACUUGCCUAAUAUGCGAUAUAGCCAUGAGACUGUUUACCUAGAGAUUUAGGUAUUAUAUUUAUUGGAGUGAUAUUUUAUAAGAAAUAUAUCCAUAUUUUCAAAACGUGAACCACCUUUAAACCAUAAACUAGAUAUUUCGUACUGUCAAAUCUUGACUUCCACUGUCCAAAACUCCAUUUUUUUUUAUUUGCCUCAAAUGUUUUCCUAUUACUAAUUAGUCAUAUUUCAAUUGAUUUCUUACAAUAAAUUUAUUAAUACUACUUAUUAGAGGCAUUUUCCCAAAUAUUGGAUUACAUAUUUCAAAACAGUUGGUGUAAUUUGAAAGUGGUUUAAUUGAUUCUAACAAAAAUACAAACGAUCGUACUUCGGUACAAGCCAUAUAAUUUAAAUGUUGUAUUUCCAAAGCCGUCGUGAAGGGCGCGUCCGGACUGAUGAGGCGCCUACGCCGUCUUUUCUUGUAAACAAAUUGCUAAAUGUGAUGUUCUGCCGAAUUCUACUUCUAAGACUGACCCGAAAUACAAAAAUCGUUUGUGUACUCUGUUACUUACAACUAUAAACCCUCAUCGAUACGGCAUCUCUGUCUCACCAAUGUGAACAGAUAAAGACAGCGAUAUCAAAUCGAGUGCAAUAGAGAAACUGAGUUCCUACACUGUGUAAUACGAAUUUGAAAACCAAUGUCAUAGAAAUAAGGGUGAGAAUCGAAUCUACCGGGAGCAGAGUUGCGGCGUGGCGGGUAUAUGUGUGCAAUGUCCGCUUCAGAUGCCUGUGAGCUGCCAAAUUACUCCAAUUUAUCUAUCGAUUACGAAAAUGGUGAUUAUAAAUUACUACAAUCUCACUUGUGAUUGGCUAAAAGGGCAUACUUUCUGCGAUAGUGCAUUUCGACCAAUAGCGAAAGCGUGCUAGCCAAUCAGAAUUGCUUGCGAUCAACACACUGUAGCUGUCAAAGUACGGCAAACGACUCCCAGGGGGAUUACCGUCAUAGUUUGACGAUCGCGAUCACCUCUGAUUGGCCGAUACUCUCUCGCUAUUUUAGCCAAUAACAACGAUUAAGAUUGUAUUAAUGAUUGAUGCAGCUUUCCGGAAUGGACCAUACGUUCUAUUAAUUAUGUGAUGUUAAAUGCAUUCAAGUAAAUGUGAGCAUUGUAUUGUUACGAGCUAUAAUAUUUUUCAAUAUUGUGGCUAAUUCCAUUAUACACAGUUUCUAAACUAAAUUAAAAUCACCAUCAACAAAGCUCUACAGCCCUGGGUGCGCCUUGGCUUUUGGUCAAGCAAACUUGAAAUAAAAUUAUAAUAAUAGGUCUUAAAUUUACUGCUAUCCCUUUCAUAAAGUUCCCUGCGGAAAAGGAUAGUACUAGAUUUAGCCUGACAAUUUAGUUUAGAUAUUAUGUACAAUAGAACUAGUACCAAUAGUAUUAUCUACUUUAUAAAGCAAAAAUAAUAAUUUAUUGUAUAAAUGUAGUAUUAAUAUUGUGUUCAACUAAUUUAUUGUAUUUAGAAAAAUACACCUUGUUGUAAAACAACUUUUUGUGGUAACUUGCAAUGUGUACAUAAGUUUGGGCUAAUAUUUAUGAAAUAAACUGAAGUUCUAAAUACACUUUGAAUUAGGUUUUAUGAUCACUUUUGAGCAAGUUGGCAGAUCACAGAUAUCUGAAACAGACAGUAUUUCGGUCGUGCCCACACGGAUUUUAUAUUAAUCUCUACUAAUUUUAUCGACAAUCACUUAAAGUGUAAAUUAUAUAGUGUGGGUAUGUGCUGUGCGUGCAGUUUUCUAUACGUAGAAAUAAAGGACACGUACUGUCGGCCGUUUGUCCUAACAAGCGAAAAUAGUCUAGUUGCGCAUGACCGAUUUCACGAUUGGCCGAUCAAAAUGAUUUAUUUCACGUACUUUACACUACAAUACGAUAUUAAUCCAUUGGCUGCCAACUACAGUCAACUCGUAAUUGGUAUCUUCAAAAGACGCUACUACGAGCUUGGUCGUAGGAAUUUAAAUAGGGUUAUUAUGAAAAUUAUAAGUGUUGGCGUAUGAGCGGCAAAGUUUAUUAGGCAUCUUAAAUAAAACAAGGAUAAAAACGUAGUAUUGUCAUUUUUGUUCAAUACUUUAGGUAUUAAAGUCAUAGCUGUCCUUCUUUAGUGACAAUAAUGAAACAUGAACAAUUUGGAAUUAUUUGAAUCAAUUUCAGAGACAAUUGAUAUCGACAAGCGUUGAAGGAAAUAUACAUAAUCGUAUACGAGUUAACUCGUAGUUGGCGUAAUUGAUGUUUUAUAUAAUAUGAUGGUUGCCAACUACGCAUUAUCUCGGAAGUAUGACAUUAUAUAUGGUGGGAAACUUUUUGUUUUAUGUUCUAAAAUUUUUUGGCAUUCACUGGAUUAAUUAAUAUACGUGAGAUAAAUUAUAAUCGAUAUGUCGAUAAGAUUAUCCACAGUCAGAUGGAUUAUAUUAUUAUUAAUUAUUAUUAUUGUAUUUAAAACUACAUGAGUAGUAAACAAAAAUCAAGUGUACGCGAAAGGUACUUUUCUAUCAAGCUUUAUUCAAGUUGAACUAAUUUUUAAGUUGCAAUGCGCUUCGAUUAUGUGAUCUGUUGAUUAAUGUACAUAAUGUAUGAUCGAGUGGAAAUAUUAUAUAUAUCGGCAUGUAAAAUCUGAGUCGGAAAUGAGUUAAAUCGGCUGAGCGCCACCGGGCACCUGUAGUAUAAAGUAGAAAUAUAUAUUUUAUACAGUGAGAAAAGUUUUCGCUUGGCGGGUCAUCGAUUGUAACGUCGCGGUCGGCCGCCUGGGAACGACUUUUUUUUAAGUAGGCUUUAAAUUUGGAGCUCAUUCGAGCUGCGUGCAAUCAGCUUUGCGAUAAUAAAUUACUACUGCAUUUUGUGAUAAGACUUGAAAUCCCUGCAGUAUUCCGUGCCCGGGCGACCGAACAUCGAAGAUGUUCGAAAUUUUAUAACAAAAAAAACCUCUUUGUACGUUUAACUUAGAUAGUUAUUAUUAAUUUUAGCUUUUAAUAGGUGUUCAAUAUUUUUCACGGUUUAAUUUCUAAUCGACGCAAAGCAUUUAGGCGACAACGCCCGCGCCGUGUACAUAUACAUUAUAGUUAGACAUCAUAUGGACAAUACCUAACAAGUGAAAAAAAUAUAAUUUUAUUGAAAUACAAUCAGUGAAAUUAAUAUA